AUGAAUCCCUACACCAUCAAGCGGACCUAUGAGUGCCUAUACACGCACCAGAAAAUACAGAAGAGCAAAAAAUGGCAGGAGGGGUACUGCGAAGUUAUAGCCAGCUACGGGGGCAUCAAAAUGAACCUCCUGAACCAAAGUAGAACAUGCAUAGAGAGCUCACUCAGUUGCGAAACGUCCUUCAACAACAUGCAAGAGGAGAUCGAACUCCCCAAGCAUUUGAUCCAAUUUGUAGAUGUAACGAAUUAUGCGGAGGACGUAAUUCAGACUGACACCAGCAGAAAAAGGAGAACUCUAUGCACCUCACAAAAUGAAGGAACGGUACACACAAGUAAGAGCAAAAAAAUAACAGCUCACUCGGGGGUGAACAGUUCGAAGGAAUUCAUGGGGUCUCAGGAAGCCUCAGUUGACAUACAAAACGAUCCUACUACGUUCGACGUGCAGAAGACAGAUAGGUAUAUCCGCGUGAAUAGGAAGUUUGAAAUGCCGAGGAGGAUUAAGAAAAAAGCGCAUGUAGAGGAGGGCGAGGCGACACAAUAUUUAGAGGACGACCACUCUGGGGAAGAUUCAUCAGAAGGAGAAUUCCCAGAUAUGGUAAAAAAAAAAAACUCAGUGCAUAGAAUCGCACCACGCAAUAAACCCCACCAAAGUGACAACGAUGAACGAAUCAGUGUGUCCUACACAAACAUACGCAACUUUAACAAAAAUAAAAAAAACAUCAAAUGGUAUGAUGGGUUCCUGGUAAAAAAGAACGAUCUGUUAGAGCUCUAUAAUAACUCAGAGGGAAGGCUCUACAUUCGCAGUGCCGAUGAAAGUAUACAACAGGAGGAGUAUAUCCAGUUCGGGAAUUACAUCGUCUACAAUGAUUUUUACGUCCACCCUGCGAAGAAUCAACAGGAGAAUCUUAAAACGAAUGACGGAAGAAUUAAUGGCAUGUUCAAAAAUGUCGGACUGACGCAUGGGGGGAGGACACCUGCACAGUUGCAUCAGGUGCUGCGUAGGAAGGGCAACUCGGAGGGAGAUACGAACGCCUGUGAAGAGGCAGACGAGGAAGUAGAUUGCGAAGAGACAAAUGAGGAGGUGGAUCCGGCUUCGGAUAAUAACUCUCCUGUCAACUUAGCGGCGCCUACAAAGCGACAAACCAACGAUCACCCCGACGGAGAGGCAGUAAGUCUGUUCAAUAAAUACGUAACAACAGGGGAGGAGUUACCUUCCUGCUUGCCUGAGGAGAAACUUAGCCUCAUGGAUAUUUCACCAAGUAGGAAGAAAAAACUUCGGAGGGAUGACCGAAGCGGGGAGAGCGAUUCCCCCGGGGAAGCAUCUUCCGAGGAGCAUCACAUAAACGACCAACGGGGUGAUAAGCACCAAAAAAAUAAUCAUCAGAAUGAACGCCAUCGAUGGGAUAAGAUGGAGUUUCCCCUUUACAAAAACCGAAGUGGACGUAGUGCCGCGUACCUCUGCUGCUCUCGCAGACAGAAAGUCAACACAUACGAUGAGAUUACCAAUAUAGCCAGAGUCGUCAGUCGGAACAAUUUUUCGUGUGUGAACCCACACCGAAAUAUCAUAAGACUCAAUCUGGGUAUUAAAUUGCUCAGUAUGGGCGUGCCGAGGGAGUUCCCCGCACUACCGCCUCCGGGUGGGGAGGACAGCGGCCAUGACAGAAAUUGUCACGGGGGUAUCGUGAAAAGGCAACCCUGUUGGAGUUGCACAAACGGUGAAAAUAAACUGUGCUGGAACGACAGAAACAGUGAAAAGCAACCCUACUGUGGUGGUAGAAACGGUGAAAAGCAACUCUGCUUGAAGGACAGAAAUAAUGAGAAGCGCCCCUGCGGGAGCUCCACCGAGGCGAACUCCAAUGGGAAAGAAGCUGGGGAGGCGCCCACAUCUGAAGCGGAGUGGGACACAAAAAAAAGUGAGCAGCACGUUCAGGUGAUUCCUGAGGUGAUCGCUGAGAUUAUCCCCGAUGUGAACUGCUUGGAGGAUGCACCCAAGUUGGAGUCCAUAGAACGCGCCCACCCGAACCCGUACGAAAUAAAGAGUCUGAAAAACUUUGCAUCUACGAACAGCCGGUUCGAUGCAUCGCAGGUGGAUCAAGUUCGCAGACAGAACUUAUUCCUACCCAUUUAUAUUACCAUUUUAAAGGAAAAGGAAGACCUUAAAAAAAAAAUACAAAAGAUGAAGUUCCAAAGUAUCCCCAAUUUUUUUCUAAACAAAUUAGAAUACAUCUACUCCUUUAUGAAUGCAACUCUUUUUCAGAUUCAGUACCAAGUCUUAUGUAAGUUACUCUGUCUGCAUGAUUAUUUGGUGCCCUUGUUAUGUGAGAUGAGGGGGGACUACCUCAAGGGUGGUAACCCCAUCAGCCACCGAAAAAUGCUACACAACGUAGACCACAUGAGGGGGCAAUAUCUUCCUUCGAGGAGUGAUGAUGCUCUCCCUAGUGAGAGUCGUGACGUCCAAGCUGAGCAGUCAAAUGAGGAAGGCAGCAAAAGGAGGAAGUACAACCAGGGGGAGGAUGACUACACUUUGUUCAUUCAAAACGUAGAAGUGCUAUGUAGCUCAGAGGAAGAAUCGAGGACUAUGUUUGGGGAGAAUGAACAGCAAAGCGGAAAUUUAAAUUGGUUCGAUGGAGAGACAAAUAUCGGAGAGAAGAGAUUUUUCAUCCGAAGAACCGAAAGAGAAGUCCUACUAGUGAAUAAAAAGAAAAAAAACAAACUGACAAAGGAGGACGACAUAAAUAAGUAUGUCCACAUGAAUCACCUAAUCGUUAUGGGUAAAGACAUCCCCUCCGAAUCAUACCAAUCCUACGCAUCUGGCACAUCCACCCCCUGGGUGAAGGACAAAGAGUUACUUCUUUUCGUUUCCAAGUGGAACAACUUCAGGCAAAACUACCUAGAGAUAUACCCCCUAAACGUUAGCACCUUUUCCUACAUGAACGAGACCUUCCAGGACGAGGAAAUUAUAAAGUCCAGGGAGUACCUCUACUUUCUCAAGGAUUACAAAGUUAAGGUUUUUCCUUCUUGUCUGUUCUUGGUAAAUUUAGGGAAUCACCUCGAUAAUUUAAAACACCUUUUUUUUUUUCACCAAAAUUUGGAAAAAGAAAAAAUGGUUCCUCAGGUCAGUGCAUUAUUCUCCUCUCCGUUUGUGCACGAAGGAGAUACACAACUACACCUUGAUAUGUUGCUCCGGCAGAUUGGUAUUAGGACCUCUGCGUGGGGAUCUUCUUACGAAUUCAUCGACCUGCACAACGUGGGGAUCACCUACAUGGAUGACCUUCUUAGCAGGAUCAGGCAGGACGAACAACUGAACGAGAGGCAGAAGUGGGUCAUCGAGUGCAUGUUGGGUUGGUUCCGAUGCGGGGGGGAGAAGAAGGAAAAGUGGGAAAAGGACAAGACGUGCGAAACGGAGGAGACCAUCUCUUCGACCGGCGAACGAAGUGAAGCAGAGAUGCCGUCACCCAGUCGGAACGGAAGUGACACCCCCACCCACCGAGGAAACAGCAUCCUCGUGAAUGGUAUAUUCGGGUCGGGCAAGAGCACCCUCAUCUGCAAAGCCAUACUAUACCUCGACAAGGUGCUAACGCAGGAAGAGCGCGCCGCAAGGAGGGGGAAAGCCGCAAAAGGGAAGGAGAAAAACCAACAGAUCAGUCUGCGAAACGGCCACCUCAGCAGCCCCAGCGGUGGAAGCGAGGAGAAAAGUUCCGACAAGACGAACAGCCCACCCACGCAAAUAGAACACCGCAGAUGCAGUGAUGAGAAGAAGAAGAAGAUCCUUCUCAUGUGUAACACCAACCUUGCAGUAGACAACAUCCUCCUGAAGCUCAAGUUCCAUUUUGACUUUCACGACUACGCCAGAAUUGGAAAUAUUUUCGAAAUCAAUUUUUUCUUAAUCACAAAUUUUAUUAGCAUAAAUUCGAAUGACCAGAAGAAGGCCCUCGAGGUGAGGAACUACAUCCAGGGUCUUGCGCGUUCGACCAACUCAGCUCCGAACAACUGUGAUCCCACCGUUAGUGAUUCCCCCACGAUUAGCGGUUCCCCUUCCUUCAGUGGGAGCGUCUCCCCCUCCGCCGAAACAAAGUUACACAAAAUAAAAGACAUGGAUAAGCUUGUCGAUGCGUUGAUGAAAAAAAAUAGUUUUGUCUUCCGAAACAAGUUCAGGAAUAAGAGAAUCAUAGCAGGCACGUGUAAGAGCCUCCAAAUUUAUGAAAAGCUAAGUUCCAUAAGGGGAAGCACUGACUACCUCAUCGUGGAUGAGUGCACCCAGAUAGAUGAACUGACGCUGUUUCAAUUUUUUCUAAAAUUUCAAAUAAGGAAGUUUCUCCUCAUUGGGGAUGUGAAGCAGUUGGGGGUUGUCCUAAAAAGCCCUAGCGAUUUGAGGAGGAGCAUGUUUUCGCGUUUGGUCGAGAAUGAGCUGUUCAUAGCGCACCACCUGGGGGGAACUAACAUCGUAUCGGACCAAACUGCACCUACUGCACCUACUGUAGGUGUUGCUGUUACGGAGGAUGAAGUACUUGGGCACGACGGAAUCAUCGAUCGCAUCGUGAACCGAGUGAGAAGCAUGCACGCGGCAGAAUACUCCGCCCUGAAGAGUUACCUCUACGAUAACAUGUUCGCUCUCCAUGGGGGGGACACCCACACCUAUGAAGGUAACCAUGUGAUUGUGGAAAACGCUGCUCCACAAAGUAUGAAGGGUGAAGAUUACCCCAUGAGGAGAGCACCACCCCGUGCAGGCAUCAACCACCUCAUCCUCAUGAAUGAGCAGUUCAGGUGUCACCCCGAGAUCAGCUCCAUAUGCAGUCACCUCUUCUACAAUGGUCUAAUAAAAAAUGCAAAGUGCACAGAGACGAUCCCCCUCAUGUAUAAGCGUUACGGAUCUCACGUUAACUUCAUCUUAUUGAAAAAGGCACCCCAGGAAGUGACCUUCCGCUCGUCCUUUACCAACGGAGCAGAGGCGAAAGUCAUUCUGUCACUCUGUGAAAAUAUGAUCGGGUCCUCGAUCGAUCCAGACCAGAUAGGAAUAAUUUCCCUGUUCAGGAAUCAGGCGUUUUAUAUAAAAAAUAAAAUGAAGGAAUCACGCUAUUAUGAGCGUUUGCGAAAUGUGAAGGUCAGCACGGUGGACUCCUUCCAGGGGAUCGAAAAAGACAUUAUCCUUUUUUCCUGCGUUCUGGGGGAGGUAACCGGAAUAAACAGGGUUGGAAGAUUCCACCACGAUCAACCAGCCGAUUCACGGGAUGACUACUUCCAGGCGUUCUGCAAUAAUAGGAACAGAAUAAACGUGGCGCUGAGCAGGGCCAGGAGCCAGCUGAUCAUCGUGGCCCAGAGCAGUUUCGUCGAAGGCAAUCGGGUGUGGAGUUACAUCAAAUCGCAAGCCAAGGUUUACCACGUAGAGGGAAGUUAG